AUGGCCGAGGUGAAAAGUGGCUCUACGCUUUGCAUUCUGGGCUGCGGCAAUCUAGGCAAGGCCAUUCUCACGAGCUUGAUCGAGGCAGCCCCGAAUGAUGCUGGGGCAUUACCCUUCACGCACUUCAUCGCCUGUGUGCGGAGCGAGAAGUCGGAACAAGCCUUGAAGGAGCGCUUUUCCCAAAACUCUCACAAAUUAAGCAUAUCCAGAGGCAACAACACCAAAGCCCUGCAGGAAUCCGACGUCGUCAUCCUGGGCGCGGACCCGGCCGACAUCGAGACGGUGUUGACGCAGCCCGGCGUCAGCGACGCGCUCGCCAACAAACUGCUGAUCAGCGUCGUGGCCGGCUGGACACGCGCGAAGCUCGAGACGACCCUCUACGGCAGCGAGACGACGGCCAGCAACCAGCAGCAGCCAGACGGCAGCCGCCGCGCGUGGGUGGUGCGCACGCUGCCGAACAUCGCGGCGCUGGUGUCGCAGUCGCUCACUGCCAUCGAGAUCUCAGAGCCCGCCCUGCCCGAUGCCCACCUCAGCCUUGUCGAGGCCGUCUUCCAGCGCAUCGGCCGCACCGUGCGCAUCGCCCCGAAGCUCAUGGACGCGACCACGGCGGUCGCGGGGUCGACGCCCGCCUUCUUCGCUGUCAUUUGCGACGCCUUGGUCGAUGCGAGCGUGGCCGUCGGCAUGCCCCGCGACGCCGCCAGCGCCAUGAUCUUCCAGUCCAUGCAAGGUACCGCUGCCAUGCUGCAGAAUGGCGUGCAUCCCGGCUUGCUGAAGGAUCAGGGCACCUCGCCCGAGGGCUGCACGAUUGGUGGGUUGAUGGUGAUGGAGGAGGCGGGCGUGAGGGGCCACAUGGGGCGGGCGCUGCGUGAGGCUGUCACGGUUGCGAGGCUGAUGGGGAAGACCGAACAUGUAAAUGACACAAGACAGUAG